CCCAUCAUACGAACCAUUGACAUAAUCCUUCGAGUUGGAAAAUGGGGUAGCUUAUUGAUGCAUCAGAAAUUGGUAGUAAUGCUCGGGGCUCACAUGUCUACCAUUUUUCCGUGCGUAUGGGCACCUAAGUCCGAACUCGAGCAAGUACACAAAUCAUGGAACCGAGGCUCGUCUAUGGUCAUACACGUAUACCGCCACGACAGCAUCACCAUUAGAAUCUCACGAAUAUUAUGUGUAACUGCCUAA